AAACUUUGGAUGUUUCUUAUCAGCAUGAUUCUCUUUUUCUUUUGAGGUGGGAUUCUGGAAGGUUGUUUACACGACACUUGACAUUUUCAAAAGCUAUUUUGGGGAAUUUUAAGUUUAUUUAAAGUAUUGUCUGGCAACAUACUUGUCUGUUGACAAUCAACAAAAUAAUUUAUUUCCUGUUUUGAUAAAUAUCUGAUUAACAAUGCUGAAAGAAGAGCCGGCAGGUGAAGAAAUUCCAAAUUUGUUUCAGCCUAUUUACAGACAAUAAAGAAGCUUUAUCAAAAUUUCAGUAAGGCAAUUUAUUCUGCCAUGAUCCACUGGAGCCGUCUGCUUGUUGGUGGAAUUGCUCUUCCACUUGUUUUUCCUUGGCUAGUGUACAACCUAUACCGUUCCCAUUUCAAGAACAAAAUUUUCCGCAAUCGAUCUUUGGAAGAUAAAGUGGUUUUAAUCACUGGAGCAAGCUCUGGGCUUGGUGAAGCUCUUGCUCAUGCUUUUCACAAAGCAGGAACAAAGGUCAUCCUUGCUGCAAGGAGGAAAGAUGCAUUAGAAAAAGUCAAGAAUGACCUGAUAACGAAAUAUCCAUCAAAAAACACACCUGUUGUUCUUACCUUGGAUUUACAUGAUCUGAAGAGAAUUCCACAAAAGGCCAGAGAAGCACUGGACAUGUAUGGACAUAUUGAUAUUUUGGUAAACAAUGGUGGCAUUAGUUACAGAGGUGAAAUAGCUGACACUGAUCUAGAGGUCGACUUAAGAGUCAUGGUUACAAAUUAUUUUGGACCUGUUGCACUAACUAAAGCUAUUUUGCCAUCCAUGUUGGAAAGAAAUUCUGGAUGUAUUAUUGCCAUCAGUAGUGUCCAAGGGAAAAUAGCAAUUCCUUUUCGAUCAGCUUAUUCUGCAUCAAAACAUGCAACACAAGCAUUUUUUGAUACCUUAAAAUCUGAGUUGAGUCACACAAACAUUCAUGUGUGUGUAGCCAGUCCUGGAUAUGUGCAGACCAAUCUAUCUCUGAAUGCAGUCACUGCUCAUGGAACACCGUAUGGAGUUAUGGAUGAAACAACAGCUACUGGUAUGGAUCCACAUGACGUAGCAGAAAAUAUAAUCAUUGCUACAGCUGCCAAAAAAUCAGAAAUCCUAUUAGCUGGAAUAUUGCCUAAAAUCGCAAUUUUCAUUCGAGUCUUUUCAUCAUGGCUGUACUUUUAUCUUAUGGGAAGUCGAGCAAGAAGAAUAAGGGCAGCCAACAUGAUCAAAGAAGAUUAAAAAUUUUGUGGAGAUUUAAUCAUUGUGUACAUAUCAAAACAGUGAUGUUUACUGAAUUUGUAAAUAUGAAUCUUUUAUACUGAUAUUUAAAAACUGCUGAAUAUAAAAUGAUUUCAAUGCAGAA